AUGGGCGUAACAGCCAUAGUGCUUCCAGCCCAAAUGGUCUUUCACGGCAUUGUUCAUUAUCUAAUAGAGAGUCAGCUAUUCAAAAAAAUUGCAAUAAUGAAUAGAAAAAGGAAUGUUAGUUACAUAAAACCAGAAGACCCUCAUUUUUUGAAAAUGUUAAAAAAAGAAGCAGGAUAUGAUGAUAGAAAUCACAAGUUUGAUAAACUAGAUAAUAAUGAGGAAGAUUUUGUUGAUGAUGAAGAAAGUGAAAAACCACAGGUAGUGGUAUUAAAAUCUGGGGAUCUUACAGCUGAGGAAGCUGAAGCAGAAAGCCAGAGGUUAGAAAAAGAAAAAAAUGAAUCCAAAGCUGAUCUUAGCCAAAAGGUUAUUUUUCAAGCAAAAUUAAAGCCAACUAUGUUACCUGACAGUAAAAGCUUGAAGAGAAAAAAUAAAUUAAGGCAGAAACCCACUCAUCAACUUUUAUCAUUUGCCGGUGAAGAAGAUGUUGGUGAAUGA